UGUGUGGAAGAGCGGGAUUCCCUUUCAAGGCUCUAUCGGGCAGAAUGGCUUCUGAAGUCCAUCCCCCGGAGAGUCUGCGAUUCGUUUGUGCUAGAGCUUCUCGGUCCCUGGUAUUUCUCGGGAUCGCUACCAGGUCUGCGGAGCGCCUUGUGUGGGCAGGGAAGCGGCGCCGCUUCCUCGCGCAGGAAGCCUUGCCUGAGCCUUCCCUCCGGCCCACGAGGGCCAAGGGAAACGCUGCCCCCGCCCCACGCGUCCCACGGGGUUGCGCUCGUGUCAGGUCCUCACCGGCGGGGGGGCGGAGCCCUGACAAGCCAGGGAAGCCCAGCGGCAAAGGCCGCGCCCGGGGGCGGGCGCGUGGGCGCGUGGGCGCGGGGAGAGGGCCGCAAGCCGGCCCGAACGUGGGGGAGGGGGCGGAGCUCAGGGCCCGCCCCUGGUGCCGGAGCUCGCGGCCUCGUUGUGCGUCUGGGUGGUGGCAGGCAGCGGCCCCAGACGCCCGUGUGGGGGUAAAGCAGAGGCGAGGGGGCCUGCCUUGGGCCUGUAGAGUGAGAUCCGGCCAGGCGUCCGCAGGAAAGGGUCAGGGUGGAGGCGGCCCAGCACAGAGCCCCUCUGCCCGAAGCCCGCCGAGGAGACUGGCAGAAGGGGCAGUCCGGUGCCCCCCAUGCCCCCGGGGGGAGAGGAUCAACAGCCUCGGGGCUGCUCAGGGCCGCGGGGGGCCGCGGCCAGGCCGUUUGACGGCACCUGAGAGACCGGGGCUACUUUGGGGAGGGCAGUGUCAGUGCAGUGAUGGGGCAGGAGGGCAGGAAGAGGAGGAGGUGGUCCCCGAUGCUCUCUUAGGAGAGGCGGCCAGAGAGAGGCCAGGGACGCGUGGGGAGCAGCUGGAGCAAAUGAAUGUUGCUGAGCGAUACGUUUUUGUGGUAGAAUGGUAUGAUCCAAAUGCUUCACUUCUGCGACGUUAUGACCUUUUAUAUUACCCUGUGGAUGGAUCUGUUGAAAUGCAUGAUUUAAAGAAUCAUCGUGUCUUUCUGAAGAGAACUCCAUAUGAGAGUGUGCAUCUACAAGAUUUGUUUAUUGGUAAUAGAGUGACUAUUUUUUCCCGACAACUGCAUCUGAUUGACUAUGGAGAUCAAUACACAGCCCGCCAGUUGUGCAAUAGAAAAGAAAAGACCCUGGCAUUACUUAAACCAGAUGCAGUACCACAUGCUGGAGAGAUAAUUGAUAUAAUAAAUAAAGCUGGAUUUAAAAUCAGCAAACUCAAGAUGAUGAUGCUUUCAAGGAAAGAAGCAACAGAUUUUUAUGUUGAUCAUCUAUCAAAGCCAUUAUAUAAUGAGCUUAUCCAGUUUAUUACAAGUGGUCCUGUUAUUGCUAUGGAGAUUUUAGGAAAUGAUGCUGUCAAUGAAUGGAAGAAAUUAAUAGGACCUGCAAACCCUUGUGUAGCUUGUACAGAUUUUCCUGAAACCAUUAGAGCAAAAUUUGGAACAGAUAGUGUAAGAAAUACAGUUCAUGGUCCUGAUUCUUUUGCUACUGCUGCUAAGGAAUUAGAAUUGUUCUUUCCCUCAAGUGGAAGUGGUGGCCCAGUAAAUACUGCAAAAUUUACUAACUGUACUUGCUGCAUUAUUAAACCUCAUGCUAUUAGUGAAGGGCUAUUGGGAAAGAUCCUAAUUGCCAUCCGAGAUGCAGGCUUUGAAAUUUCAGCUAUGCAGAUGUUCUAUAUGGAUCAAGUUAAUGUUGAAGAAUUUUAUGAAGUUUAUAAAGGAGUAGUAGCUGAAUUUAGUGAUAUGGUGACAGAACUGUAUUCUGGUCCUUGUGUAGCAUUAGAGAUUCAACAAAAUAAUACUACAAAGACAUUCCGUGAAUUGUGUGGACCUGCUGAUCCUGAAAUAGCUCGUCAUCUCCGCCCUGGAACUCUCCGAGCUAUCUUUGGGAAGAACAGAAUUCAGAAUGCUGUUCACUGUACUGAUCUGCCUGAGGAUGGUCUUUUAGAGGUGCAAUAUUUUUUCAAGAUCUUGGAAAAUUAGCAAUAUUAAAAAUGGAUCGGUAACAAAAUGGAACCCUGGAGACAAGAGCAAAGCACACAAAUUAAGUUACGUGUUCAUUCAUUUAUUGUCCAUUGUUUUAACCUGACUGAAUACAAGAUCAACAAGAGCACUGUACUCCUGGCAAUUAUUACAUAUGUUAGAACAUAGAUUUUGCACUUUAGACAACAUUUAACACCAGUCUAUGGGGUACUGCAUUGCUUUUUAUAAAGUUCAAAAUAAAGAUUUAUUUUCAAACAAGUGACUUUGGUUUAUUUCAUACAUUACACUUUUUCUUGCAGAAAAAAAUAAAAUUGUACAACUGCAUAAAUAUAAAAUUCUUCCACCAUGAAAAUGGUUAAAACAUUCAUAAAGACACAGCACCAGCAUGUGAUGCCUCCAGAGAAAGAAAAGGAAAAAAAAAGAUAGAAAGAAAA